GUCCCGGGCUGGGCUGCAGGACGGGCAGAGCCCCGCGGGCAGCAGCCGAAGCCCUGCCCGCCCACAGGCGCCCAGCACUCGCAGCCCGGGCCAGCCCCCGAGCGGCCCCGGGGCGGAGCUGGCGGCGCCGGGCGGCGGCGGCGGGGAGGAGGCGCCGCGGGCGGAGCAGAGCCGGGGCUGGCGGGGGCAGCGCGGCGCGGGCGGCGGAGCGGCGGGAUGCGGCAGGGCCGGGCCGCAGGGCUGGCGGCGCUGGCCGCGGUGCUCCUGGUGGCUGUGUGCAGAGCCCAGGUGCAGCAGGAGCCACAGGCACAGACCACCGAGGGCACCAGCAUCAACAUCACCUGCUCACACCCCAACAUGCAGACUGGUUACUCCAUCUACUGGUACCGCCAUCUCCCGGGCCAAGGACCUACAUUCCUAGUGUUCGGUACUAAAGGCUCCAAUGCACUGAGGGACCUGCCGGGGCGGCUCGUGGUGGCAGCAGACCGCCGGUCCAGCGCCCUGUGGCUCACCGAGCCCCAGCUUCGGGACGCGGCGGUGUAUUACUGCGCCCUGAGAGCCACGGGGAGAGGAGCCGGGGCUGCGGCCGUGCAGGAACCGUGGCGGGCGGGGCCGGGCGUGUGUGGCGGGGGCGAGGCAGGGGCACAGCCCCCAGGGGGCGCUGCCGCUCCGCCCGCCAGGACCACCUCGUCCCGCAGCCGCGGGGGUUCCCCCGCCAGCCCGGCCCCUCCAAGGCACUUCGGUUCUGCUGAAAGGGUCUGGAGCCUGGGUGCAGCUGAACGGAGAUGGCACCAGCCUGCCAGAGACACAGCCACAGCCGGAGCCACGUGGGCGUCCUGGCGUUGCUUGGAAGUCCCCUUGCAGGUUGGAUGGCAGAGGGAGGCCACUGGGGACACUUACCCCUUGCUGGGGUUGCCCACCUGCCAGAAGGGGCCAGAAGAGGGAAGCAGACAGGGGCGAUGUCGUUGCCCUUUUGCCUUACCGCUGACCAGGGUGAGUGAGGGAGUGGUUGUGGUGGAGCUCACAAAAGGAACGUAAGACAGACCACUUGCUGCAGAUCCUGUUCCUGCUGAGAUUCACUGGCAUUGUUAUCUUUGGAGAUUUUCUGGGAUUUUUUGUGAUUCUUCUUAGAAAUGGAAAACUAUUCAUCAAACAACACAUUGCUUCACUCCUACAGACUUGCCACAUGCUCACUGCCAUGUGCAGUGAGCACUUCUGGGGACCAGAUCUGCGGAAGAGGUGUGGGGAGAAGGUCUGGAGAGCUGAUCUGGGAACCUGGUCUAGGAAUCAGUCCUGGGCACUAACUCUGAGGAGCAGCCCUGGGCACCCACUCUGAUGACCGGGUCAGGAGACCAGCUCUCAGGAGUACAGGUCUGGGGACCAGAUUCGGGAACCAUGUCUGGGCACCAGGAGUGGGGACUGUGUCUGUGAACUAGCUCUGGAGACCAGAUCUUGGGGGUAGAACUGGAGACCAGGUGUGAAGAGCAGGUCUGGAUACCAGGUUUGUGAGAGCAGAACUGAAGAACAGAUCUGGGGAGCAGGUCUGCAGACCACUUCUGGGAAACCAGUCUGGGGACCACCUCUGGGAAACCAGUCUGGGGAGCAGUUCUCAAGACCAGAUAGGUGGAACAGGUGUGCAGAGCAGGUCAUAUUAGCAGGUCUGUGGAGCCAGCUCUGGGGAGCAGCCCUAGCGAGCAUGUCUAGGGACCAGAUCUGUGGAACAGGUGUGAGGAGAAGGUGUAGGAAGCAGGUCCUGGUGGAGCACGUCUUGAGACCAGGUCUGCCAGCUGCAGCAGGCCUCCAGGAACUUCAGCGCAACCUCACUGGCGAGCUGCUGUGGUCUCCCGGGUGUGGCAGCGGAACCCUGCCAAUGACCUGCGUCGGACUGAGGGCGUGGCAGCGGACCCCCGCUAAUGAUCAGCAGUGGUUUCCCAAGUGCCACAGCAGACUCGCACCGAAGAGCCAUGCCUGGCUCUCCAGGAGCUACGGUGGACCCUUGCCGGCAAGCUGCUGGAAUCUCCCAAGUGCGGUGGUGGACCCCCACCAGCCAGCCAUGGCUGGCCUCCGGAAACCACAGUGCCCCUCACUGGCAAGCUGUUGCAAUCUACUGGGCUAUAUGGGGCCAAGAGCUGUCAUCCAGAUCUAAGGAUCAGGUCUGGGCAGCAGGUCUGGGGGAGCAGAUCUGCAGACCAGGUGUUCAUGCCUGGGUCAUGGGAACCCGAUCUGGGAACUCUGUACUGGGAAGAGCUCUGUGGGAUCCAGCUCUAGGGAGCAGGUGUGGGGAGCAGAUCUGGGUACAAGGUAUGAAGAACAGAUAUGGGGACAAGAUCUUGGGCUCAGGAUGUGGACAGCACAGCUCUGUACAGCACAGCAGAGCUCUGUGCCUACUCAGGUGAGCUGCCAUGCAGAUCCCAAACUUCUCCACGAAAAAUCUCCAUCUGUUUCAGGAAAACACAAGCAAUGAGGAGGAUUCACUGCUUUGUGCAGUAAACUUUUUUGGAGAGGGGGAGAACGUUCACGCUGCCUGGGGGGUAUAAAAGGAACAGUUGGGGGCUGCAGGGCUUGGAGUGUCAUUCCUUUGUGUGUCUGAGAAUUCUACAUUUGAGGUGUACUGAGAGAGGUAUGGGGGAAGACAACGCAACUAGCCAGGUGCAGCCAAGCCAGACAAGGUGUUAGGGGUGGUGAUAGAGGGAGCCCAAGCAUCAGGGAAGCAGAAACUGCUGGGGAUGUGGCCCUGGGUGGGUGCCCCCUGUGGCCCAUCAUUGUAAAUGCAUGUGACCCACUGAACCCACAUCCGUUUCCCUGCUGAUUCCUCACCCCUUGCCCUAUGGAACAGGUUGUCCUUGUCCCCUCUGGGCUUGUGCCACCCAACACCCCAAUGGAGCCCCUUUCCUCUUGCAAAUGCUAGGUUAUCCCACUAGAACAGGACACAGCCAGAAACCCUGGGCUGCUGCAUAGCAUGAUUCCUCCCUUCUUUCUGGGGAUGUGAAAGAGAAAUCAAAGUGUCUUGUCCUCCCACAGGAAACAGGAACAUCCCCAUGGAGCUGAGGACCCCAGGUGAAGGUGCACAAGCUCAGUGGAGAAGACAGCCCUGACAUCAGCCAUGGCCAAGCAGUGUGUGUGAAGAAGAGAAGGCAGAUGUAGCUGGGGAGGUGAGGACCCCACUGGGAGAGGAGACGAGAGCAGCCCCUGCACAUGAUGCGGCUCCCAGAGUUCCCAAGGUCCCUGACUGUGACAACCCUCAGAGGUUGCUGCAGCUGGAGGAGGGAGAAACCCCAGGGAGCAUUUGGGGCACAGUCAGAACAGAAAAUUUAUCUUUGCUGAAUCUCCUCCUGUUCCCCCAGCAGAGUCAUUUCCGGCAGCUCUGUUCUCUUGGGGCUGGGAGGUGCUUUUCUGACUCUCUCUCCCACAGCAAACAAGAGGGA